AUGUCCCUUCCAAAUCCUGCCACUCCAGUUAAAUUAGUGUUAUUAGGGGAGGCAGCAGUUGGUAAAUCAUCACUCGUGUUAAGGUUUGUCAGUAAUGACUUUCAAGAAAAUAAAGAACCUACUAUUGGUGCGGCCUUUUUAACUCAAAAAUGUACGAUUGGAGAUAGAACAAUCAAGUACGAAAUUUGGGAUACAGCAGGGCAAGAGAGGUUUGCCUCAUUGGCACCAAUGUACUAUAGGAACGCCCAAGCUGCGUUGGUUGUCUACGAUAUAACAAAACCGGCAUCUUUCAUCAAGGCCAGACACUGGGUCAAAGAAUUACACGAACAAGCAUCCAAGGACAUCACCAUUGCAUUGGUCGGUAACAAGUACGAUUUAGUAGAAAGCGACGAAGGUGGUGAGGAGGAAGAUUCCUUGAGGAAAGUUAGCAUUGAAGAAGGUAAGCUGCUUGCUGCGGAAGAGAAUUUGUUAUUUUUCGAAACUAGUGCGAAAACGUCAUAUAAUGUAAACGAUGUCUUUAUUGGAAUAGGUAGUAAGAUCCCUUCUGCUUCGCUGACCGAAGCUGCAAAUCAACAGAGUCAUGUGAGUGAAGGUAGAGUUGAUUUAAGUGGUGGUGUUAACAAUAGAGGGCAAGAUGCAUGUCCAUGUUAG